AUGUUCAAGUCCGUUUUCAAAACGGGCAUCCGGAGCACCUAUAACGUGUCGGAAAAUGCUUCUUUCCACACAGAACUGUGGGCCGUGUAUCCGGCCAAGCAUCGGCUGACGGGAAAAGCUGCGUCGGUAUUCAUCUUUGACAAAACCAAGUUCGAGACUCUGGUUCAGCGCAUGUGUUCCCAGUCGCCCAACGCCACAAAUCCCCGAUUGAUCAUAAGCGAGUGCUACGAGCUCAUCAAAAAGGAAGUGUCGAAGCUUACCAAGUUGAAGCAUCCGCAGAUCUUAACUGUGCUUGAAGUGCUUGAAGAAACACGACUGAAGUUCAUUUUCGCCACAGAGGCAGUGGUGGCCAACUUGGUGACGCUUGAUUUGAACAAGGAGGAUGAGCUCAGCAUCCAGAAAGGCUUGUUGGAGGUCAGCAAGGGCCUCCAGUUCUUACACAACUUCUGCUCCACCAUCCACUUGAAUCUUCAGCCGUCGUCUGUAUUCGUCACGAGCCUGGGCGAUUGGAAGCUCGCCGGGUUUAAGUUUUUGCAGAAUCUCAACGAGUUGUCCGUACUGGAGAGGGAAAACUUCUACAUCAUGAACAAUUCUUCCAUUGUCCCUUUCGCCAAUCUCAACUUGAACUUCACGGCUCCAGAACUUAUUGUGGACUCGUCGAAUCUCCGGCUCGACACGGCAAACGACUUGUGGUCUCUAGGCUUGUUCAUUUACUACGUGUACAAUAAAGGCGAGCAUCUAAUUAGCUGUUUCGAUAGCAACAGCCCUUCUGAGUUCAAGGCAGAGUUCAGAAAGUUUGAGCAAAAGUUUUACAAUCACAGAGUUUCCGAGUUGAAGUACUUGUUGAAAGAUAUUCCCGAAUCCUUAUGGAGCACCCUCACACACUUGCUUGCAAGAUACCCGAACGAUCGCAUCACCAUUGAUCAGUUCAUAGAUUCAGACUUUUUCAGCGGCAGUCUAAUCAAAACCAUGUGGUUUAUUGACGAAUAUUCUACCAAAAACAUUGAUGAAAAAUUGAUUUUUCUUUCGGGGCUUGUGGCUGAUCAAGGUGCAUUGCUCAAAAAGCUUCCUGUUGUGUUUAAAAACUCGAAAUUGCUCCCUCUACUUGCAGAAUCGACGUCCAACGAACUUAAUCUUCUAGGAACAAAGAAACUCGAUGCUGACACAGAUAGCCUCAUAAGCCAGUCUUUUAAUGUGAUUAUGCUUAUUGGCCAGGACUUGUCUGGAUUAUCUUUCCAAGAUAGGAUUUAUGCGACGAUGUUGGACUCCACGAAAAAGAGGAAAGAUGACUCCAGCCCAUUGCUCAAGUUGGCAAAAACUUCUGUAAAGUGCAGACUCGAGAUCAUUAACCAUCUUGACGUUAUGACGAAAAAACUACUGCAAAAGCAAGUGACAGACAUUGUACGAGACAUUGCCGAGUUGUGUCUCACGUAUGCACCAAAUGAGGUUGAUGUGCAAGCAGAUCAGAUCAAGCUCCAAGAGACUUUUUUGCAGAACCUCGAGCUCGUCAUUGAAAUGUUUGAUUUUCCUUACAUCAAGAAAACCUUGUUCCCGCUUGUGUGCCAGGUGUUUAAAACCACAACCAUAUUAUCAACGAAGUUGCAGACCAUUGCCACAUUUCAAAUGUUGAUUGAUAAGAAUGUCAUCGACAAGGUCAUUGUCAACGAGCAACUUCUUCCGGUGGUGGAGAACUUAAAGAGUCGUGACAAGCGCAUCAUCAGCGGCAUUUUAUUCUUCUUCACCAAGCUUUCCCAAAGUGAGCAUAUUGCAUUGGACUUGGAGACCCUAGUGGACAAGGUAUUGGUCCAGUGCUUGAGGCUUGCUUUUGGAUGCUCAGGGUGCAGCAAGGCCGAGUUCCAGCAGUUCAUGAGAUCCAUCGAAGGUAUCCAAUCAACACUCACGCAAAGGAAAUUGCAAACUUUGACAGAAUCCGACGCUUCUUCGACCAACUUCGACUCUUUGAUCAACACCCCUCUGCUCAGACAAGCAGGAAAAGAUGACACCGUCAAGGGACCACAGCUGAAACCCAUAGCGCCGGCCCAGGCCAAUAAUUCACGGCCUACUCGAAACCAGAGCGCAAAACACACAAGCACUGGCUCUGUGAAACAUGCAAGGCCCAGCCAUGUCAAGCCGCUCACAUUGAAGCCAACACAAAAGACGCCGUUGUCUUUUGGAGCUAUCGAUGGAGACGGCAAUUCUGGUUUUGGAAAACCCAUGUUGUUCAAGAACCAAACCUCUGCAGGCGAUGAGUUUGAAGAUUUCCAAGACGGCUCUUCGUCAAAUAACACAAGCAUAGACUGGAGUUCGGCCAAGAGUCUGCAGCCCCGCUACGAUACCCCAUCAGCCACCGUUUUGCUGCCCACUAUGAGGAACCAAGAAACCUUUCUGUCUUCAGCAAUCGGCAACUCGUCAUCUACUGUAAAAUACCCUCCUGGUUACAAUGCUAGCGUGGUCCUAACACCAAGCUCUACUGGGUCUACUCCGACUCCCAAACCGCAAAAUAACGAGGAUCUAUUGAACUUCCUUUAG